GGGAGAGAACCUGAAAGAAUCUGCAGUGUUCUUAUUUUCAUUCAUUCUUGUAGGAUUUUCCAACCAUUCGUCUGAAUUUUGUGAAAAAUGAUACAUUUGGCAUGUAUACUGGAUUUUGUUUAAGCAAUCACUGUACACUGAAGGAUUUCUCGAAGAUAUUUUAUAAACACCAUUUUUCCGAAGAGCAAUGCUAUUCCAAGAACACGGAGAAGAAAAUUUCUGUUGGAGGCUGGAUAACUAU